AGGAAAAAAAACAGAAAAAGUUCAAAGAAAAACAAAUGAGGGUUUGGUAGGGCUUACCUUACCAGAGCGGGAAGGAGGCGCUGAGAGAGAAAGAGGGGGAAGGAGACGUUGGGUCAGAGCAGUAGGGAAGCAUAGUAAGAUGUUGUAUAUAAUUGGUCUUGGUUUGGGUGAUGCUGAAGACAUAACGUUAAGAGGCCUCAAUGCCGUGAAGAAAUGCCACAAAGUAUACAUUGAGUCCUACACUUCACUUCUCUCUUUUGGUCUCUCAUCAGAUGGUCUUUCUACCUUGGAGGAACUGUAUGGAAGGCCGGUUAUCCUUGCAGACAGAGAAAUGGUAGAGGAAAGGGCAGAUGAUAUACUAUCAGAAGCUUGCGAGUCUGAUGUAGGUUUCUUGGUUGUUGGAGACCCUUUUGGAGCAACAACGCACACUGAUCUGGUUGUCCGGGCAAAAAAAUUGGGGGUGGAAGUCAAGGUUGUUCACAAUGCAUCAGUAAUGAAUGCAGUUGGGGUUUGUGGUUUGCAACUUUACCGCUAUGGUGAGACGGUUUCAAUACCAUUCUUUACUGAGACGUGGCGGCCUGACAGUUUCUAUGAAAAGAUUCGGAGAAAUCGCCAGCUUGGAUUGCACACACUCUGUUUGUUAGAUAUACGUGUGAAAGAGCCAUCAUUAGAAUCUCUGUGCAGAGGAAGAAAGCGCUAUGAACCACCAAAAUAUAUGACAAUAAACACUGCCAUUGAACAGCUCUUGGAGGUUGAACAAAUAAGUGGAGAAUCUGCUUACAAUGAGGACUCGAUGUGUGUUGGUUUCGCUCGCCUUGGAAGUGAAGAUCAGAAGUUGGUUGCUGGUUCAAUGAGAGAAUUACUGGCAGUUGAUUUUGGACCACCUUUGCAUUGCCUUGUCAUAGUAGGCAAGACCCAUCCCUUGGAAGACGAGAUGCUGGAUUUCUACACCAUCAAAACAGAAGCUUUGGAGCCAAAAGAGAAAUGUACUACCUGAUCUGGGCUCUGUAAGAGGAACCCGAAAGGAGCCUGCCUCCACUCUUUACAGGAAACAAGCAACAUAAAAAGAGACUGCAAAAGCUAGAAGCAUGACUGCAUGCUCACAAAGAAAUGAGCUAAAUUUUUUUUGGGUUGAGGGGAAAAAAGGGAAGCAAAUGAAGCCUAGAAGGACCAUUUUCAGCCAGUGAUUGAAGAACAGACAUAAUCACUCCUAUUCUUUGAUACCAUUGUCCAUGACUUCUUAUGUUAGCUGGUGCUUCAAUUACCACAUUCUAGGAUAGAUAAUUUAAAGUUUAUAUUUUGCAUUCAGUUUAAAUUAUCUUAGAAGCAUGAUGUAUAAUUAAAAGAAGUCAUUAAGGGGGUGUUUGGAUUGUAAGUUACUUAAGAUAAGCUACUUAUGCCUCAAUUAACUUAUCUUGGUUUCUACUUAUUAAGCUAAAGCAAUCGAGUAACUUUUUAGUAAAAAAGGUUACUCAUAAUUGAUCAUAAACCAAACUUAUCUCAAAUAAGUUACUUAUCUACUGCUGUAAGUAGAAAAAACUAGUAUCCAAACAGGCCCUAAAUAUCAGAAGGAACAAUGACGAUCAGGGGCAGCAAAGAGGCCCAAUUGAGCGGGGUGUAGAUGGACGUUUGAUUGAUUGUACUAUGCAGAAAGUGUUUGCCAUGGGGCCACUUUGAAAGAGAUUGUACUGAGUUGAAGAACCCUGAUUCUGAUGUGCAGACAUGCACCUUUAAAUAUGACAAUAGUUAUAUCUGA